CCGUGCUAGCGUUCACUGCAGUGCACAGCGGAAGCCACAAUGGAUUGUUCUUCAUCGCUCUCUAAGUGAACAAUAACUUUUAAUAGGCCAUGAAGUUACCAGAGAAGUGGAAUAGACCACUGGCAGUGUGAGCGAGAGAGAGGGGCACCCUUAGGAGGAGCAGAUUUGUCUUUGGUGGAAAUACGGUCUCAUCAUUUCAUUCCAAAGACCAUGCCGACUAAAACCCCAUUAAAAUACCCUCAUCGGAGUGGUAACAUCCCUGCUGUAACCCACACCAGGGCUUUCAACAGCACCACCGCCGCACCCCCCGGGUUCAUUGAGCAGCUGCUUAACAAGAUCCCGCUGCCUAGGUGGGCAGUCUACGCCAUCUUUGCCGCCGGGCUCCUGUUUCUCCUGGUCUGUUUUCUCUGCAUCUGUGUGAAAUGCUGCUGCAAGGGGAAGAAGAAGAGGAAGAAGCAGGAGGAGAAGAUAGAUCUGAAAGGCGUAAACGGCUCCAGCACCACCGCGCUGGUCCAGCCGGAUGCGGAUGAUUUGGAGUAUGGAUCACGUGACAAGCAGAAAGGAAGAAUCCUGUACUCGCUGGAAUACAAAGCAGAAACGUCUGAGCUCACAGUGGGAGUGAAGGAGGCCGCCGAGCUGAAGGCCAUGGACCUGGGGGGUACGUCUGACCCCUACGUCAAAGUCUACAUCCUCCCCAACAAGUCAAAGACCUGUGAGACCAAGGUGUUCAGGAAAACCCUCCAGCCAGCGUUCAACGAGUUCUUCAAAUUCCAGAUUCCGCUGGCUGAACUCAAUGAAUCCACACUGGUGAUGCAGGUGUUUGACUUCAACAGGUUCACCAAACAUGACAUCAUCGGCGAACUGAGACUGCAGCUCGGCACUAUUGACUGGAACCAUGUGAUUGAAGAGUGGAGAGACCUGACUGAGGCCUCCAAGUUUGAGCAAGAGAACCUGGGGGACAUUUGCUUCUCUCUGCGUUACGUCCCCACUGCCAGCAAGCUGACUGUCAUUAUUCUGGAAGCCAAGAACCUGAAGAAGAUGGACGUUGGAGGGUUAUCAGACCCGUAUGUGAAAGUGCAGCUGGUCUUGGACAAGAGAAAAUGGAAGAAGAAGAAGACAUCAGUGAAGAAGAAGACACUGAAUCCUUAUUUCAACGAAUCAUUUAACUUUGAAGUUUCCUUUGAUCAGAUACAGAAGGUCCAGCUGGUGAUCUCCGUGUGGGACCACGACAACAUGAGCCGGAACGACGCGAUCGGGAAAAUAUUCCUGGGCUGCUCGGCCAGCGGGAACCAGCUGCGUCACUGGGCCGACAUGCUGUCCAACCCCCGCAGGCCGGUGGCCCAGUGGCACUCCCUGCUGUCUGCGGAGCAGGUGGACAACGCCCUGGCGCUCAAACACGCCCUGAAGAUCCCCUUCACCAAAAAGCCCUUCUGAAAGGCCAGCCAGCGCAGACACAAACACUUAUCUCUCUUCUUGGGCCACGUUUGUGGUUUGUCUAGUUUCCAUAAACACAUUCAUUUCUAAAUACAUUAUGUAUAUUUGCAUAUGCUUUGUGUACAUUUUAGGAUAUACUGCAUGUAUGCAUUAUAAUAAAUGACUUACUAGAAAGUGCCAUUUUUUUUGUUAUUAAAACUGCCAUGUAAAUGAUGAAUGACAAUUUGGAUUAUAAAUCCAACCUGUCUCAUUUUUGUAAGUUUUCAAGUAUCCUCUCCUGGUGAGAAAUAAUGAUCAAUUCAAUUCAAUUUAUUUGUAUAAGAGUUUUUUUUUUUUUUUUUACAAAGGGCAUUGUCAUAUUGUGGUUGGUAAUAGAAAGAAACCUUGAGUAGAACAUGACUCAGAGGGGAGAGCCCAGCUGCUGAUUUUAAUUUUAAUUUUAUACUCAAAAUAGACUCUGAGGGGAGUGGGUAUUUUUGUUCUUAUAAAACUCUGAGCAUCAAUACAUAAGGUGUAUUCUCCAUUUUUAAACUUAGGUUUAACACUCUUGAAUGGUUCAUGUGCACACACAUGCACACACACACACACACACACAUGCAUUCAUUCAACACAAACAAUUCACUUUCUGAAGGCCCUUUUGCAAACCACACAGCCCAAAGAAUUGUCAGGUUUGCCCCGAAGUGCACAUAGGCACGUAUGCUAUACAUGUGAAUUGUGCCAAAAGCGCUUUCCUCUAUCAUUGAAAAAAGAGCAGUUCAUUUCGGAGUCCCUUUGUAACAGUAAUAAAGACUUGGCUGAGAGGGCAGUUUGCAUGGUUCUAAAUUUUACCUUUGUCAGACCCGAUAAGCACAUAGUUGAAAACAAGGCUAGCCUUGCUGAAAAGAUUAAUGUAUAAACCACGUGAAUAAAAUUCACAUUUUAAAGGCCAUUGAUACAUAAAACACUCAUGCUCCCUCUGAACAUGAACAUUCUUGUCAUUUUAAAGACUGUUUAAAACCUAAUUUUUCCAGUGAUGAAUGGGACAUACAACUGCC